UAUCAUGGCCCAAAUUAAUACAAUUGACUUUUUAUUAGUGUACUUAAUUUUAUUUCAACUAAUCUUAUUAUGUUGUCUUCAAAUUCGAAUAUAUAUUUAUGUAAUGAUUCUGACUAGUGUUCUUGUAUUAUGUUAUCAGGCACAUCUGAGCUGCAUACAUACACAUAAUAUUCCAAAUCGAAAAUGAAGAGGAACGAUUCAUUCCCCGACGGAAGAACAACUUAUGAUAGGCUAGUGGCACAUAAGGAAGCCCUCGAGAAAGAGUUCAAAGGAUGGAGCGAUUGGGCGAACGAGAAGGUUAUGCUGGCUGAAAUAAUGGUGGAGAAGUCCCAAAGUGAGUUGAAAUUACUGAAGCAAGAGAAAGAAGAGCUCGACAAAUUUGACAAGGAGAGUCGGACUUUGGAGGAGGUUACGACUAAACGGCUGUCUGAAAUGCAGAUUGCAUCGGAAAACACGGUUCGAAAGAUCAAACUGGAUAGCCUUACUCUUCGCCGCCUCGAAGAGGAGAAUAUGGAGUUGAAGGAGAUGAUGGAAGAUGCUAGGUUGAAGGCUUUGGCAUCCGCUAAUAACGUGUGUGAAGCUCGGAGAAGGGAGCAAGAAACACUCAAGAAACUGCAAUCGUGCGAAAGGGAGUUAACUCUGUUAGUCGAGGAACUAGCGUGUCACAACCGUAAAAAUGCUGAGCUGGAAGAGGACCUAGGAAAGGUCAACGAAAGACGGAACCAGUUGAAGGUUCUGAUCGAGCACGAGAAGAAGGAGAAGCUAAAAGUGAGCGCGCAACUUGAUUUCUUGAGGGCGAAAAGGAAAGAAUUCAAUGAUCUGAUGAAAAUGCAAGAUGACACCAUCACACAAACGGCGGAAAAAAACAAGCAGACACUGAAGGCCAAAACCGAGGAUCUCGAAAAAUAG